AUGGCGCCGCCUCCGAAGGCUCGGUUCGGCUGCGACGGAGGAAGGAAAUGGAGAACAGCCACUGGCCCAUCUUUAAAGCGUACCGGGGUCAGCACUGCUGCUCCGUCAUUGCCGCCUCCCCAUUGGCACGCUCGACCCAGCCACCGUCCAGGGCAGAUCCCUCACCUGCCGCUUUUCCACGGACGCCACGCGGAGGAGAGCGCCGAACGACCCCACCUUGUUACCGUUGUACGGCCCGGUCACAGUGCACCGCGGAAGGUGACAGUCCUUCUAAACCGCAGGGGCGUGGUCUCCUUUGAGCAGCUCCUAUUGGACGUUUCAGAAGCACUGGGGUUCCCACGUUGGCACCGAUCUCGAGUGACCCGCCUUUACACUGCCUUCGCACGAGAGGUAAAGAGCGUCAGCGACUUCUUCCGUAGUGACACGGCGCUCCUCGCAUUGGGCAAAGCUCGCCCAGAGCUGAGCAGUCUGAAGGAGGCACUGGAAGAGCUGUUCCCAGAACAGUCGCGCUACCGCUCUGAAGCACUGCUGGUCUGGGAGAAAAAGCUCCGUCCAGCGCCAGAUAAAGCCGCCAAGGCGGACAGUGGCUACGUUGAAGGACCAGACCGCAAAGAUGGGCCGCUACCGAAGAUGGAGAAACCGAUUAAGGGUUUUGCCAGGAAAGAUGCUCAACUUCCUAAUCAUUUACAGAAGCUCCGGAUGAGGGGCGUGAUCUACGAAGAAAUUCGGCCUGCUAUUGGUAGAUUCCAGCGAGAGCGAGUGAUGGACUCUUUUCCUCUGUGUGAAAAUUGCUUGGCACGAAGGACCAAGCAUCCAAGCCAUGAGUGGAUCAAACCCCUGUCAGGAAGAGCACCGCUGCCACCCCUGUGUAGGAAACAAAUAGAUGAAUCACUCCAAGCUCAUCCUGGGAUCUCGAGCGACUACUCCAUGUUCGCCUCAGAAGAUAGCGAGGUCUCCGAAGCCGACGUAGAGCGCCUCUACGACGUCGGGCGCCUCCUUGGGGACGGGAACUUUGCGGUGGUACGGGAGUGCCGGCGUCGGACCGAUGGCAAAACACUCGCUGUCAAGAUGGUGGAACGCUCACGGUUACUGGGCCGCGAGCACAUGCUGCAGAACGAGCUGAGCCUUCUGGUCAGCCUGAAGCACCCGCGUGUCAUCCGGCUCCUGGCGCACCACCUCACGCCCGCCAGAGCCUACCUAGUCAUGGAGCUGGCUGGCGGCGGUGACCUCUUCGAGGCCAUCAGCGACCGCGGCAGCUUCGAGCAGGACGAGGCCGCGCUCAUGGUGGCCGACGUGAGCGCUGCGCUCAAGUACAUACAUCGCAGGAGCGUUGUCCACCGUGACGUCAAACCAGAGAACCUUCUGAUAGUUCACACGGUUCCCGGCCUGAUCAGACUGAAACUAGCCGACUUUGGCCUUGCCAUGGUCGUAACUGAGCCAGUCUUCACUAUCUGCGGCACGCCCACUUACGUGGCGCCUGAGAUACUUUCCGAGACAGGAUACGGCGUGGAGGUGGAUAUGUGGGCGCUGGGUGUCAUUUUUUACAUCUUGCUGUGCGGUUUUGCUCCAUUUCGAAGUCAGGAUCGAGACCAGGAGGAGCUGUUUGAGAUCAUCAAACAGGGGGAACUGCACUUUCAGCCCCCCUAUUGGGAUGUCAUCUCAGAUGAAGCCAAAAGACUGGUGUCGGACCUCCUCCAACCCGACCCGGUCGUCAGGAUGACAGCAGAGCAGAUGUUGCAACAUCCCUGGCUUAGGGCCAUGGCGGCCAGUUGCCAGCAAAAAGCGUUGGAGUGCCACCGCCAAUCCAGGACCCAAAAACAACCACCUGCACCAGCACCCCUACGCAGAGAAUCCAUGACAGCAGAACCAGAAACUGUAGGGGCAUCAAGCCAGGGGCAGGCUUCAGACUCUUAA